UUGUACUUAUCGCAGAACUUUUCUCGUACUUAUCGCCGUGAUAAGUAAGGCUUGGUUAAGGUAGCCUCCGACCUACCUUAACGCUCCCUUGUAAACAAACAAAAUGGCGGCGAUGGACGACAACUUCGCGGAGUUCGUUAACUAUCUGGAGCGUCAUGAGGAACUAAUGCGUGGGGCAGCCUUUUCAUACGCGUCACCGCCACGGGGAGUGCUCAGGGAUCGCUUGAAUCCCAUGGAAGUGUACGACGACUACGAGUUUUUGUGCCGUUAUCGAUUUACAAAAAGGACCGUGCAGCAGCUGCUCGAUAGGCUGCCUCUGCGGGAGAACACCGAUGGACGUGGGUUCCCUGUGCCGCCUCUCCUGCAGCUGCUCAUCACACUGCGCUUCUAUGGAGCCGGCACGUUCCAAAUUGUGACCGGCGACCUAGUGAAUGUUUCACAGCCGACAGUGUCACGGGUAAUCGAACGCGUAUCGACUAUGAUCGCCAGAAGCCUAUUUCCUGUGCUUGUGCAAUUUCCCGCCGCUUCAAAAAUGAGCGGUGUAAUGCAAGAUUUCUAUAGAAUAGGCAAGUUUCCCGGUGUGAGUGGGUGCAUUGAUUGCACCCAUGUGCCAAUUAAGAGCCCCGGUGGUGACCACGCCGAGGUGUACCGCAACCGGAAAGGAUACUUUUCGAUAAAUGUUCAGGGAAUCACGGGGCCCGACCUACAAUUUUAUGAUGUAGUGGCUAGCUGGCCAGGGUCUGCCCACGAUAGCAGAAUUUUCGACAGCAGCCGCGCCAGAGUGCUGUACGAGACGGGUGCCAUCCCCGGUAUUCUUCUCGGAGACAUGGGCUAUGCCUGCAGGUCAUAUCUGAUGACUCCUCUCAAGGAUCCCGCCCAAGGCACCCCAGAGUACAGGCAAGGUAGUUUUUAA